CACACACAGUCCUGAAUCUCUUACAGAUGAGCUUAUCUGUGUCUUUGACACGAGCAGAUAAAGAAAAUAACGGAAUCGCUUCAGCAGUUUGGGAUCUUCGGAUCGUGAGAUAUUAUGGGUCGCGGAGGCUGCAGUUUGUGGGCUCACACAUCUGUUCUUCUGUGUUUCUGUCUGUUGCAGACGCAGAGUUUCACCCUCAUAAAGACCAACCUGUGUAAGUGGUGUGACAACUCGAGUCCGGUAUGUGAAGACAACGUCUGCAUGAGCAACUGCAGCCUGACCUCUUACUGUACCCUGGCUGAAGAAGUGUGUGUGGCGAUAUGGAAGAAGGACAAUGUGAGCAUGAGCGUGCGGACGCUGUGUUAUAACCCGAAGGAUAUCCUGGAGAACAUAAUGCUGGCCAACUACUCCUCCAAAGAGUGUUUGAUGACACCUCAGCCCUCUGAAGAUGGCCUGCUCUUCAUCUGCGGCUGUAUCGGAGAUCAUGAGUGCAACGACAGACUCAUCUUUGACAAAGGAGCCAAUGGAUUCUCAAAGCUGAAGUCUAAAGACGUCAUUCCAGUAGUAGUCAUAAGCUUGGUUCCACCCCUUCUGGUAGCCGUCAUUGCCACCAUGGCUUUUUACUUGUACCGCACACGCCAGCCUGGUAAAAAACCCAAAGACUGGGGACCACGCCGCACACACUACCAGUCUCUGGACCCAGCCGAGGGCCAAGUAAACGGCAGCGAUUACCGUGGCAAGCUGUCCUCCCUCAGCGAUGACGUCAAUUCAGAAAUAUCAUCGACUUGUGCCAAUAACCUAAACCACAACACAGAGCAGCUGCCCAUCCAGCUGGAGGCGCUGGUGGGUAAGGGGCGCUUCGCAGAGGUGUGGCGGGCACGGCUCAGUCAUAGUGAGGGUGGGCAGUACGAAACGGUGGCUGUGAAGAUCUUCCCGGCGGUGGAGUAUGCCUCGUGGUGUAACGAAAGAGCCAUAUUCUCGGACGCCAACUUAAAACAUGAGAAUGUGGUGCAGUUCCUGACCGCUGAGGAGCGGGGUGGUAGUGCUGCUGCCUCCCAGAGGCAAUACUGGCUCAUUAUGGCCUAUUAUAACAUGGGGAACCUACAGGACUUCCUAGCUGGCCGUAUCCUCACAUGGGCCGAGCUGUGUUCACUGGCAGGCUCUAUAGCGAGAGGCCUGGCGCACCUGCACAGUGACACAACGCCCUGCGGCACACCAAAAGUGCCCAUCGCCCACCGAGAUCUGAAGAGCAGCAACAUCGUGUUGAAGAACCACAGCGAGUGUGCACUCUGUGAUUUCGGGCUGGCUCUGCGACUCGACCUCUCCCUCACCGUAGAUGAUUUCGCCAACAGUGGACAGGUGGGGACGGCACGCUACAUGGCCCCUGAAGUUCUGGAGUCCAGGGUGAAUCUAGAGGACUUGGAGUCCUUCAAACAGAUUGACAUCUACUCCAUGGCCCUUGUGCUGUGGGAAAUGGUCUCUCGGUGUGACGUCAUAGGAGAGGUAAAGAGUUACGAACCCCCAUUUGGCUCCAAGGUGUGUGAGCAACCUUGUGUAGACAGCAUGAGAGACCUGGUGUUAAGAGACAGAGGACGGCCAGAUAUUCCAGCGAGCUGGACGACACAUCCAGGCAUGCAGCUCUUGUGUGCGACUAUAACAGAGUGCUGGGAUCAAGACCCGGAGGCUCGUCUGACGGCACACUGCGUGGUGGAGCGCUUUAACACUCUGGCUCAGGAAGAGCUGGAGAACUCCAUGUGCACACACACACCCAUAACGCCACCUACAGAAGACCAAACCCCACCCCUCCCCUCCCUUCCUCCCUGCACGGACCACAGCACUGGCAUCUGUCCGCAUGUUACAGCUGACACGCAGAUCUCCGUUUCCUCCAGGCAACCGAGUCAAAUGUGACCUGUCUGGAAAAAUCAAGACUGAUUCUUGUAAUGCAUAUUGAUUCGCUAUGUGGAGCUGGUCUCCGUUUUUCUUUAAACACUAAUCUGAACCGACGGACAAAGGAGGGUUUGCGUUCUAAAAUAUCAUUAUUUUCUUGUAUAAUGUUGUAAAGGUUGAAGGCGAAACGAAAAUUUCUCAAAGCUGCUUUGUGCUAUAAAGCAACUACAAAAAGUAAAUAAAAAUAAAGCCAUUGCAGGUGGAGAGAA